AUGCGUGGGAACGAAAGAAGAAUUCCUGCCUCGGUUAAACUACCAGAAAGGGCGAUCAUCAGCCAGAUAACCCUGAGAUCGGGCCAAGAGUAUGAUGGUCCAAGAGUGAAGAAAGAUGGGAAGUCCACUCUAACUCCAUUGGAAAAGGAAACCAGAACAGAGGAGACCGGAACAGGGGAAGCUGAAACAGGGGAGGUCAGAACAGAGGACGAUGACCAGAGUACGAACAGUAAGAAAGCAAUAUCCCGAGCAGCUGAUCAACAUUUCCCAGGUCUAAGAGUAGAGACGGAAGUGGAAGAAAUCAGGAGAAACAUGGGAGAAUCUUCCAAGGGAAACAUUAGCAACAGUGAGAGGCAAGUGAAACCCUUUCCCCACAGAGGUGAACCUAGGAUGAAAAAGGAAGAUCCAGCGGACUUCAUGGAAAUUUUCGGGAAGCUGAAAAUUAACCUACCGUUUCUCCAAGCUCUAAAGUUACCCAUCUUCAGUAAGUUUAUCAAGGAGUUCAUCCCUGGGAAGACCAAACCCAACGGUAAGAUUGUGAUUAGAGAAACUGUGUCGGCAGUGAUUCAGAAGAGGAGAAUUCCUUCUAAGCGUACUGACCCAGGUAUGUUCACUCUCCCCAUCUCAAUUGGGAACAUUAAUGUUGAGCAUGUCAAGUGUGACCUAGGUGCUUCAAUAAAUGUUUUACCGCUUUCACUUUAUAAGAAACUGGAGGGAGUCAGAAUGGUUGAUACGAAGGUUGUGAUUCAAUUAGGUUAUAGGUCAUGCAUCAGUCCUGAAGGUGUUUUAGAAAACUUGAUAGUUAAGGUGCAUGAUUUUCUGUAUCCUGCUGAUUUCCAUGUUAUUAAGAUGAGUGAGUACCAGCCUGCUGAGUCUAGCGGAGUGCUUUUAGGAAGACCAUUUCUACGCACCGCCAAGACAAUCAUUGAUGUGUUUGAUGUAACCAUUUGUCUAGAUUACCAUGGGGAGAAGUUUACCUUUAACAUUGAUGAGGCUAUGAAAAAGCCAUUGGAUAUAGAGAAUAUGCAUGCUAUGGAUAUGAUUAACCCCCUGGUCCAAGAUUUUCUUGAGACAGAAUUGAUGCAGGAACAGGUGGAAAAUUCAGAAUUGAGUCACUCCUUUGACAAGGAAGUGGCUAGUUGGUGUGAGGCAGUCAAUACACUGGGAAUGACGGAUGAAGAGUUAGCAGAAGUAAUUCUGGGGUUUUGUAAAAGUCCUGAAAUUACCAGGUCUAAGGAAUUAGUCUGUGUCGCUAAUGGGGAACAUUUACCAGCACCUGAAGGAUUAAUUACCAAGGAGCCAAAGAAGAAUCUGUUACCCCAAGAGACAAGUGCGACAAAGAAGGAACUGAAGACAUUACCCCCAGGCCUCAGAUAUGCUUAUUUGGAAGAGAACGAGAUGUUCCCGGUAAUCGUCAACAGCAAUCUGACUCGGAAGCAGGAAGAAGAGUUACUGGAAGUGCUCAGGAGGAAUAAGACAGCCAUAGGAUGGACUCUAUCAGACCUGGUGGGGAUCAGUCCCGAUCUCUGCAUGCACCAUAUUCGCCUGGAGGAUGAAGCCAAACCUCACAGAGACCCACAGAGGAAGUUGAACCCGAAUAUGAGAGAGGAAGUUUUAAAGGAAGUACUCAAGCUACUUUAA